CACGGAGUCCGGAGCGGAGACUCGGGGCCAAACUAGUGUCAACUGAGGAAGGCUGGACAGAAAGCAGUCCCGGAAGGUGCCAAACUCACGGGUGUGGCUGCUACUACCUGUCAGGGAGCAACUUAAAUCAGUUCUGUUUUGGUAUACCAAGGUUGCAGAAGUCCAACUAACAGUGAAUGGUAGUGUCUAGAAAGGGUAUGUCCCUUCAGGAGAGAGGUGCCAAUGUCCAACCGGCCUAAUAACAAUCCAGGGGGGUCACUGCGACGUUCACAGAGGAACACUGCCGGGGCCCAACCACAAGACGACUCAAUAGGAGGAAGGUCACAUUUAGGGCAGGCAAAACAUAAGGCAUAUAGCCCUCCUGAGAGUAGAAAAUCUAUUUCUAAGGCACCCAAAGUACAGUCUAAUACUACUUCUGAACAGUCAAGGGGACACAUUUCUAAAAGAAGCUGCAGUACAUCAUCUGCUGUCAUAGUUCCACAACCAGAAGAUCCAGAUAGAGCCAAUACUUCAGAAAAGCAAAAAACGGGGCAAGUGCCUAAGAAAGACAGUUCUCGAGGAGUGAAACGCAGUGCCAGUCCAGAUUACAACAGGACCAAUUCUCCGAGCUCUGCUAAGAAACCCAAAGCCCUCCAACAUACCGAACCUUCCUCAGAAACCAACAAACCCCAUUCUAAAUCAAAGAAGAGGCAUUUAGAGCAAGAGCAACAGCUGAAAUCUGCACCAUUGCCAUCAACAAGCAAGGCGCACACCAGAAAGGGUGGAGCUACCGGCAGUUCACGAAGUCAGAAAAGGAAAAGGACAGAAAGUUCUUCUUGUAUAAAGAGUGGUUCAGUGUCUGAAUCAACUGGUGCUGAAGAGCGAUCAGCAAAACCCACCAAGCUGGCUUCAAAAUCGGCCACCUCAGCCAAAGCUGGGUGUAGCACCAUCACUGAUUCUUCUUCUUCUGCCUCGACAUCUUCCUCAUCUUCUGCAGUUGCCUCUGCUUCCUCCACUGUACCACAGGGGGCCAGAGUGAAACAAGGAAAAGACCAAAACAAGGCCAGGCGUUCUCGGUCAGCAUCUAGUCCCAGUCCCCGAAGAAGUAGCCGAGAAAAGGAGCAGAGUAAAACCAGCGGCUCUUCUAAGUUUGAUUGGGCUGCUCGUUUUAGCCCUAAAGUUAGCCUGCCUAAAACAAAACUGUCUCUACCAGGGUCUUCUAAGUCAGAGACAUCAAAACCUGGACCUUCAGGAUUACAAGCUAAAUUAGCAAGUUUAAGAAAAUCUACCAAGAAGCGCAGUGAGUCACCACCUGCUGAGCUCCCCAGUUUGCGGCGGAGCACACGCCAAAAGACCACGGGCUCCUGUGCUAGUACCAGUCGGCGAGGCUCUGGCCUGGGCAAAAGAGGAGCGGCUGAAGCUCGCCGACAGGAGAAGAUGGCGGACCCUGACAGCAACCAGGACGGAGUUAACUCAUCAGCUGCGCGCACAGAUGACCCUCCACAAGGAGCUGCAGCUUCUAGUUCUGUUGCUGGGGCUGUAGGCAUGACCACCUCUGGUGAGAGUGAGUCAGAUGAUUCAGAGAUGGGAAGACUGCAAGCUCUAUUAGAGGCUAGGGGUCUUCCUCCUCACCUGUUCGGCCCUCUUGGUCCUCGGAUGUCACAACUUUUCCACAGGACAAUUGGAAGUGGAGCUAGUUCUAAAGCCCAGCAGCUUCUCCAAGGACUACAAGCUACUGAUGAGAGUCAGCAGCUUCAGGCAGUGAUUGAGAUGUGUCAAUUGUUGGUCAUGGGCAAUGAGGAGACAUUGGGAGGGUUUCCAGUAAAAAGUGUUGUUCCAGCUUUGAUAACACUGCUGCAGAUGGAGCAUAAUUUUGAUAUUAUGAACCAUGCCUGUCGAGCCUUAACUUAUAUGAUGGAAGCACUUCCCAGAUCAUCUGCUGUAGUGGUGGAUGCCAUUCCUGUUUUUUUGGAAAAGCUGCAAGUGAUUCAGUGUAUUGAUGUGGCAGAGCAGGCUUUAACUGCCUUGGAGAUGCUAUCACGUAGACACAGCAAAGCCAUUCUGCAGGCGGGAGGUUUGGCCGACUGCCUGCUGUAUCUGGAGUUCUUCAGCAUAAAUGCCCAGAGAAAUGCUUUAGCAAUUGCAGCCAAUUGCUGCCAGAGUAUCACACCAGAUGAGUUUCACUUUGUGGCAGAUUCUCUCCCCUUGCUUACCCAAAGGCUCACGCACCAGGACAAGAAAUCAGUAGAAAGCACUUGUCUUUGUUUUGCACGACUAGUGGACAAUUUCCAGCAUGAGGAGAAUUUGCUUCAGCAGGUUGCCUCUAAGGAUUUGCUCACCAAUAUUCAGCAACUGUUGGUCGUCACUCCACCAAUUCUAAGCUCUGGGAUGUUUAUUAUGGUGGUCCGCAUGUUUUCCUUGAUGUGUUCUAACUGUCCAACUCUAGCAGUUCAACUUAUGAAGCAAAAUAUUGCAGAAACACUUCACUUCCUUCUGUGUGGGGCCUCAAAUGGCAGUUGCCAGGAACAAAUUGAUCUUGUUCCACGAAGUCCUCAAGAACUUUAUGAGCUGACAUCUCUCAUUUGUGAAUUGAUGCCAUGUUUACCAAAAGAAGGGAUUUUUGCUGUUGAUACCAUGCUAAAAAAGGGAAAUGCACAAAACACUGAUGGUGCAAUAUGGCAGUGGCGAGAUGACAGGGGUCUUUGGCAUCCCUACAACAGGAUUGAUAGCCGGAUAAUUGAGGUAGCAGCUCAUCAGGUCGGUGAGGAUGAGAUAAGUUUGUCCACCUUAGGGCGAGUUUAUACUAUUGAUUUUAAUUCUAUGCAGCAAAUCAAUGAGGACACCGGAACUGCACGUGCUAUUCAGAGAAAACCUAACCCACUAGCCAAUACUAACACUAGUGGAUAUUCCGAGUUAAAGAAGGAUGAUGCUCGAGCACAGCUAAUGAAAGAGGACCCAGAACUGGCUAAGUCUUUCAUUAAGACAUUGUUUGGUGUUCUUUAUGAAGUGUAUAGUUCUUCAGCAGGACCUGCAGUCAGACAUAAGUGCCUUAGAGCAAUUCUUAGGAUAAUUUAUUUUGCGGAUGCCGAGCUUCUGAAGGAUGUGCUGAAAAAUCAUGCUGUUUCAAGUCACAUUGCUUCCAUGCUAUCAAGUCAAGACCUGAAGAUAGUAGUUGGGGCACUUCAAAUGGCUGAAAUCUUAAUGCAGAAAUUGCCUGAUAUUUUUAGUGUUUACUUCAGAAGAGAAGGUGUGAUGCAUCAAGUAAAAAAUUUAGCAGAGUCUGAGGCUUUGCUAACAAGUCCACCAAAGGCGUGCACUAAUGGAUCGGGGACCUUGGGUUCUAGCACCACAAUCAGCACUGGGACAGCCACUGCUGCCAGCAACGCAACUGCAGACUUGGGCUCACCCAGCUUACAGCACAGCAGAGAUGAUUCUUUAGACCUGAGUCCACAGGGUCGACUAAGUGAUGUCCUAAAGAGAAAACGACUGCCAAAACGUGGGCCAAGAAGGCCAAAGUACUCUCCCCCGAGGGAUGAUGACAAAGUAGACAAUCAAGCUAAAAGCCCUACUACUACACAGUCUCCUAAAUCUUCUUUCCUGGCAAGCUUGAAUCCCAAAACAUGGGGCAGAUUAAGCGCACAGUCCAAUAGCAACAACAUUGAACCAGCCCGUACAGCCGGAGUCAGCGGUCUCGCCAGGGCUGCCUCAAAGGACACCAUAUCUAACAAUAGAGAAAAAAUUAAGGGUUGGAUUAAGGAACAAGCUCAUAAAUUUGUGGAACGGUAUUUCAGCUCUGAGAAUAUGGAUGGAAGCAAUCCUGCACUGAAUGUCCUUCAGAGACUUUGCACUGCAACUGAACAACUCAACCUCCAGGUGGAUGGUGGAGCUGAGUGCCUUGUAGAAAUCCGGAGCAUAGUCUCAGAGUCUGAUGUCUCCUCGUUUGAAAUCCAGCAUAGUGGGUUUGUGAAACAGUUGCUGCUUUACUUGACAUCCAAAAGUGAAAAAGACGCUGUGAGCAGAGAUAUCAGAAUUAAAAGAUUCCUUCACGUCUUCUUUUCUUCUCCACUUCCUGGAGAAGAACCAAUUGGAAGAUUGGAACCGAUGGGAAAUGCACCUUUGUUGGCAUUAGUUCACAAGAUGAACAACUGCCUUAGUCAGAUGGAGCAGUUUCCAGUCAAAGUUCAUGAUUUUCCAAGUGGAAAUGGAACGGGGAGCAGUUUUUCUCUCAACAGAGGAUCACAAGCUUUAAAAUUUUUCAACACACACCAGUUAAAAUGCCAACUACAAAGACAUCCCGACUGUGCAAAUGUGAAACAAUGGAAGGGUGGACCUGUGAAGAUAGACCCGCUGGCGUUGGUACAAGCCAUUGAGAGAUACCUUGUCGUCAGAGGUUAUGGCAGAGUGAGAGAAGAUGACGAAGAUAGUGACGAUGAUGGUUCAGAUGAAGAAAUAGAUGAGUCUUUGGCAGCUCAGUUCUUAAAUUCAGGAAAUGUAAGACACAGGUUGCAAUUCUACAUUGGAGAUCAUUUACUGCCGUAUAAUAUGACUGUGUAUCAGGCAGUUAGACAGUUCAGUAUACAGGCUGAAGAGGAGAGGGAAUCUACAGAUGAUGAAAGCAAUCCACUGGGAAGAGCUGGCAUUUGGACAAAGACUCACACGAUAUGGUAUAAACCUGUAAGAGAAGAUGAAGAUGGUAGCAAAGAUUCUGUUGGUGGUAAAAGGGGAAGGGCCCAAACAGCUCCAACAAAAACUUCACCUCGAAAUGCAAAAAAGCAUGAUGAAUUAUGGCACGAUGGAGUAUGCCCAUCAGUAUCAAAUCCUUUAGAAGUUUACCUCAUAUCUUCCCCACCUGAAAAUAUAACUUUUGAAGACCCUUCAUUAGAUGUGAUCCUUCUUUUAAGAGUUUUACACGCCAUCAGUCGUUAUUGGUAUUAUUUAUAUGAUAAUGCAAUGUGCAAGGAAAUUAUUCCAACUGGCGAAUUUAACAACAGUAAACUGACAGCAAAAGCAAACAGGCAGCUUCAGGAUCCUUUGGUAAUCAUGACAGGAAACAUCCCAACAUGGCUCACUGAGCUUGGAAAAACCUGCCCAUUUUUCUUUCCAUUUGACACUCGGCAAAUGCUUUUUUAUGUUACUGCAUUCGAUCGAGACCGGGCCAUGCAGAGGUUGCUUGACACUAACCCAGAAAUCAAUCAGUCAGACUCUCAGGACAGCAGAGUUGCCCCUCGACUUGAUAGAAAAAAGCGAACUGUGAAUAGAGAAGAGCUUUUGAAACAGGCAGAGUCUGUGAUGCAGGAUCUUGGCAGCUCAAGGGCCAUGUUGGAAAUUCAGUAUGAGAAUGAAGUUGGUACAGGUCUUGGGCCUACACUGGAAUUUUAUGCACUUGUAUCUCAGGAACUACAGAGAGCUGACUUAGGCCUCUGGAGAGGCGAAGAAGUAACUCUUACUAAUCCAAAAGGAAGCCAAGAAGGGACCAAGUAUAUUCAAAACCUCCAAGGCCUAUUUGCACUUCCCUUUGGCAGAACAGCCAAACCAGCGCAUAUCGCUAAGGUUAAGAUGAAGUUUCGCUUUUUAGGAAAAUUAAUGGCCAAGGCUAUCAUGGAUUUCAGAUUGGUGGACCUUCCCCUUGGUUUGCCUUUUUAUAAAUGGAUGCUUCGACAAGAAACUUCACUUACAUCACAUGAUUUGUUUGAUAUUGACCCAGUUGUAGCAAGAUCAGUAUAUCAUCUAGAAGAUAUUGUCAGACAAAAGAAAAGACUUGAACAAGAUAAAUCACAGACCAAAGAGAGUCUACAGUAUGCGUUGGAGACCUUGAAUAUGAAUGGCUGCUCAGUGGAAGACCUAGGAUUGGAUUUCACACUACCAGGGUUUCCCAACAUAGAACUAAAGAAAGGGGGAAAGGAUAUACCUGUCACCAUCCACAAUUUAGAAGAGUAUCUACGACUGGUUAUAUUCUGGGCACUAAAUGAAGGUGUUGCCAGGCAGUUUGAUUCAUUCAGAGAUGGAUUUGAAUCUGUCUUUCCACUCAGCCAUCUUCAGUACUUCUAUCCUGAGGAACUGGAUCAGCUUCUGUGUGGCAGUAAAGCAGACACUUGGGAUGCAAAGACACUGAUGGAAUGCUGCAGGCCCGAUCAUGGCUAUACACAUGACAGUCGAGCUGUGAAGUACCUGUUUGAAAUUCUCAGUGGUUUUGAUAAUGAGCAGCAGAGGUUAUUUCUUCAGUUUGUGACUGGUAGCCCAAGAUUGCCUGUAGGAGGCUUCAGAAGUUUGAAUCCUCCUCUGACGAUUGUCCGCAAGACCUUUGAGUCAACAGAAAAUCCAGACGACUUCUUGCCCUCAGUAAUGACUUGUGUGAACUAUCUCAAGUUGCCAGACUAUUCAAGUAUUGAGAUAAUGCGUGAAAAACUGUUGAUAGCUGCCAGAGAGGGGCAGCAGUCAUUCCAUCUUUCCUGAUCACAAUGAAAAAUGCAAUGUCUGCCUGUUACAGCAAGAGAAAAAAAUCAUGAUUUCUUUUCUAAAUGUAUCACCUGAGUCAAGGAAACGUGUUACUCCUUCUUGUAGAAAAACGGCUUGCAGAUUAUAAAAGAGACACUUGGUUGAUAUUUCUUGAUGGCCCCAUGGACUUAAAGUGAUCAGGCCCUAAAAAGUUGUUGUGACAAGGUUUCUUUAGCAAGUUCUUGUUUAAAUUAUCAUUUAUUUGAUGAGUGAAGUUUUUAAACUUGCUUUGCUGUGUGAAAUUUAAAAAGGGAUGUUUUUCCAGGCUGGAACAAUAAAUGUCGCUGUGCAGUUUAAUACUGGGCUGUGUGUAUCCAUCUAGCUAAGUCUGCAGUUUUAUUUCCUCCAAAGACAACUUUUGUACAUAAGUACAGAAAUUAAAACUCAUAUGUAUUUGACAUAUAGUUCAGUAGACUAGCGCUCUGUACCUUCACCUGCCUCUGAUUUUUCUCCCUUCCUUUGUGUAUUGUCUGAUGUGCAAUUCACAUGGUUCUUUUUUGUGUACAGCACUCACAAUUGUUACAUUUUCGUUGGCACGGGUGUUUACCGUUCCAUGUUUUUUCUCAAAUUAAGAUAUAAUUUAAAUUUUACUGAAUUAAAAUAUAUUGUCACUAUAACUCAGCCUUUGUAACUAGGUAGAUUCUUUCAUAUAGCUUAGUUUUAACGUAGUUGUAGGCUUUACUGGCUCUACAGCCUGUAUCAGAUGACACACUAGGACUGUUGACACAGUUAUUUCAGGCAACAAAAAGCCUCCAAAAUGGAGGUGAGGAAGAAAUCAUUCUUUUUUGUGUGUGUGUGUGUGUGUGUAGUUGAAAAAUUGAACAGAUUGGGCUGGCCACUAUUUAUUAUUAUAUGGCCAGAGCAUUUUGAACUGAUGUAAAGUUUUAAAAAUAAAUUAGCAGUUUUCAUUCCCUGUUCUAGGAAAAACUUUUAUUCCCUCGUUCUUAAGUUCUUGCUUUUUUCUUUCAUAGUUUUGCUUUCUUUCCUUUCUCCUAACCCUUCCUUCCUUCCUUCCCUCUCCUCUCCCUCAGUGCUAGCUUGGAACAAACAGUUCAGCUUUUGUCUUAAACACAGAUAAAGCACCUGUAAGCAAUGCUCUGUCCGACUGUUUUAUGUGCUGAUUUCUCAAAUCUGCAAUAAUUUACUUCAUCAGGUUAAUGUUUUUACCUGAAUAUAAAUAAAUAAAGUUUGCUUCACCUUUUGUUUAUA